AUGAAGGGAAUUCAGUGUUUUGGUAGACAGGGAAGGAUUACCCCGAAGUAUAUUGGCCCGUUCAGGAUAAUGGAGCGCGUUGGAGCCGUUUUAUAUCGACCAGCAUCGAUGCCAAGUAUACACGAUGUCUUCCAUGUUUCAAUGCUUAUUAAGCAUCUACGUGAUGAGUUGAAGCAGCGAGUGUUAGACACGCUAGAGGUUGAGAUUCUUGAUGAUAUGACUAUUAUUACAAUUCCUGUGUGUAUUCUUGCCAAGGAGGACAAGAGACUUAGAAUCAAAGUGAUAUCUUUAGUUAAAGUUCAAUGGAAUCAGAAAGGAGCUGAGGAAGUUUCUUGGGGCACGAUGAGGAUAUGCAUCGUGACGACUUGUAACUAUUUACUUGCACCUUUGAGCAAGUAA